CGCGAGGGCGGGGCCCCCGGCGCGGCCCCUCCGUGCUGCCCCCCGCUGCCCCGCGCGGGGGUUCCGCCGCCCGCCAGGCCCUGGGCGCCGGAAUCCCAAGAGGAAUCCGUAAAUCCCGGGAUUGUUGCCUCUGGAAGCUCGAGAUGCGUUAGAAUUCCAAGAAUUCCCAGAAUUCCCUUUCCCAAAGGAAUGCAGCACCAUGCGCUGCCUGGCCCGCCUCAGCUCCAAGGCUCUCCUGGCUCUCUGCUCCCUCCUGGCGCUGCUCUCCCUGCUGCUCUGGACCCGCUGCUCCCGCCACUCGGGGAGCGCCUCCGGAAUUCCCGAGGGCGAGGAGGCCUCGCCGCAGGGCGCGCCGAGAGCGCCGGGAAUGGCGGGGAGCGCCGGCAGGGCGCCGGGGCCCCGCUACGAGGAGAUCGACUGCGUCAUCAACGAGGAGCACACGGUGAAGGGGCGGCGCGAGGGCGGCGAGGUGUUCCUGCCCUUCAGCUGGGUGGAGAAAUACUUCCAGGUGUACGGGCGCAUCGCCCAGGCCGACGGCGCUGAGCGCUUCGAGUUCUCCCACAGCUACUCCAAGGUGUACGCCCAGCGCGCGCCGUACCGGCCCGACGGCGUCUUCAUGUCCUUCGAGGGCUACAACGUGGAGCUCCGCGACCGGGUCAAGUGCAUCAGCGGCGUGGAAGGAGUUCCUCUCUCCACGCAGUGGGGCCCUCAGGGCUACUUCUACCCCAUCCAGAUCGCCCAGUACGGGCUGAGCCACUACAGCAAGAACCUGACGGAGAAGCCGCCGCACGUGGAGGUAGAGCUCCGAGGGCGUCUCCCUGGAGCUCAACAACGGCCGGGAUUUCAUCAUCUCCUUCGACCUGAAGCUGCUGAGCAACGGCAGCGUGUCCGUGGUGCUGGAGACCACGGAGAGGAACCAGCUCUUCACCGUGCACUACGUGUCCAGCACGCAGCUCAUCGCCCUCAGGGACAGGGACAUCUUCUACGGCAUCGGCGCGCGCGGCAGCUGGAGCACGCUCACCCGGGACCUGCUGACGGACCUCCGCAAGGGCGUGGGGCUCUCCAACACCAAGGCGGUGAAGCAAACCAAGAUCAUGCCCAAGCGGGUGCUGCGCUUGGUGGCCAAGGGCCGCGGCCUCCUGGACAACGUCACCAUCUCGGCCACCGCCCACAUGGCCGCCUUCUUCGCCGCCAGCCGCUGGCUGCUGCGCAACCAGGACGAGCGCGGCGGCUGGCCCAUCAUGGUCACCAGGAAGCUGGGAGAAGGCUUCAAAUCCUUGGAUCCGGGCUGGUACUCGGCCAUGGCGCAAGGCCAGGCCAUGUCCACGCUGGUCAGGGCCUACCAGCUGACCAAGGAGCCGGCGUUCCUGGGCGCGGCGCUCAGGGCCACGGCGCCCUUCAAGCUGCCGGCGGAGCAGCGCGGGGUCAAGGCGGUGUUCAUGAACCGGCACGACUGGUACGAGGAGUAUCCCACCACGCCCAGCUCCUUCGUGCUCAACGGCUUCAUGUACUCCUUGAUCGGCCUCUACGACCUGAAGGAGACGGCCGGGGAGAAGCUGGGCAAGGAGGCGCGGCUGCUCUACGAGCGCGGCAUGGAGUCGCUCAAGGCCAUGCUGCCGCUCUUCGACACCGGCUCGGGCACCAUCUACGACCUGCGGCACUUCAUGCUGGGCACGGCGCCCAACCUGGCGCGCUGGGACUACCACACCACCCACAUCAACCAGCUGCAGCUGCUGGGCUCCAUCGACGACGCGCCCGUCUUCAAGGAGUUCGUCAAGAGGUGGAAGAGCUACCUGCGGGGAGGGCGGGCCAAGCACAACUGAGCUCUUCCCCGGCCUUCCCGCGCUUCCGGCGGGUCCUUCCCAAAAAAAAAACGCGGGCCUUAAAACUGCUCCGUCGGAAGGUUUGGGGUCGGGGCGCUCUCCGGUGGUUGAGGCUGGGUUUUGUUGGGAUUGGUUUUUCCUUUUCCAAGGAAAAGGUUUGCAGAAGCCAUAGAAGUCUUGGAAGCGCGGUCGCUGCCUGGAGAGCUCGUCCAGGGCCUCUUAAACCGGGAUUUUGUGUCCGUGUUGGAGCAGCUCCCGUGGGAUGAGCGCCGUCCACGGGAAUCACUCGGAGCCUGGGAGUGCGAAGUGUGGCUUUAAAGGGAGGGGGGGGUUUCCUAGGGAUUCGCUUUUUUGGGAUGGAAAAUCCGCGGUUGGAAUUUUUUGCCGGUUCUCUGCCUGGAGAUCCUGGAGCUGGAGGGUUUUUUCAUGGAAAACACGUGCCCGGCAUCAUGGAAGCACAACUGGGAGCCUGGAGCACAACAGCCCCAGGCCACCAGCACCGGUGUCCCCGCGGAGCUGGGAUCCCCUUUCCCGGUCACUGGAAUUCCUGCGGAGCUGGGAUCCUUAUCCCUGUCACCGGUGUUCCCUCAGAGCUGGGAUCCCCUUUCCCGGUCACUGGAAUUCCCUCGGAGCUGGGAUCCCCUUUCCCAGUCACUGGUGUCCCCUCGGAGCUGGGAUCCCUUGUUGGAGUCACUGAUGUCCCCUCGGAGCUGGGAUCCUUAUCCCAGUCACUGGAAUUCCCUCAGAGCUGGGAUCCCUUGUUGGAGUCACCGGUGUCCCCUCAGAGCUGGGAUCCCUUUUCCUGGAGCUCCGUGUUUUCUGUGGGAUUUUGGAAUUCCAUCUGGGAGGUUCCUCAGAGCACUGGGGGCAUUUUUGGGAAUUGCUGAGCGGGACAUGGAGCUCGUCCGGAGUUCCUCAGGAAGUUCAAGAAUUCGGGAAUUUUCAUUUUUCUCCUGCUCCAGCCCAUCCGGCAUUUUAACAGUUCCAUCCCAGAGGGUUUUUCCAGCUCUCCCUGGGCUGGAAUUCCCAGAGAAGCUGUGGCUGCCUCUGGAUCCCUGGAAUGUCCAAGGCCAGCUUGGAGCAGCCUGGGACCGUGGAAGGUCCCUAUGGAAUAGGAUGAGCUUUAAGGUCCUUCCCACCAAACCAUUCCACGAUUCCAUGAUCCCACCGGCUGCGUGAUCGCAAACUCCUCGCAAACUUUGGGAAUUCCCACUGCUCCCAUUCCAUGGUGGAGCUGAUCCCCAUCCCAAAAUCCCGGGCACAAGGAUAACACCCAUCUCCAUCUUUUUAUUGCUUUCAUUUUUUGAGGCUUUUCCCUCAUUUCUCACCGAUCCCGGAGCGACUUUUUCCGCGCGCUCCGGUCGGAUCCACCCGUCCGAUGGAUGGCGGAGGAGAAAUUCCAAUACCAAAGGUAGCAGAGGGGAAUUUUUUCCAUGCCCAUGGAAACGCAACGGACACAAACCCACCCCAAACCUGGGAUUCCUUCCCAAAAAUCCGCUCCGUCCUCCCCCCGCGUGUUCCUUCCAUCGUUUUCCCAGCUGGAAAACCCGGAGAGCCUCCUUGGGUGCUGCUCCAGGGUGGUUUUGGUGCCUUACAGAGGCCGGAAUUCCUCUUGGUUGGGUUUUUUGGGAAUCGAUGCCGAUGGUGGGGUUGGAGCGCGGCAGAUUUUCCCGCUCCGGAAGGGCUCGGAAGCGCGGGAUGGGCAUUCCAAGGUUGUCCCUCCUGUCCCACCUCUUGUCCUUCCAUCACCUUCUGGUGGCCUUAGACAGGUGGAGCUUCCAGGAAUCCCCAGAGGCUGUAAAUCCAUGGAGAAUCCAUGGGGAUAUUCCUGAUAUUCCUUAAAUUCCGUUGUGCAUUGGAAGAGGAUCCUUGACCAUGCCAGCAGUGCCCAAAACUUCAUGGAAUUCAUUCCAGUUUGGGAUCUUUUUGUUCAUUUUCCAUCUUCAAGCUCCCAAAGAUCCUUGGGACCAAGAUCAGCUUCGAUCCCAGAUUUUCCUCUGGAGAUCCAGAGGAAAUUUUCCAUUUUCCCGCUGGAAGUUUGGGAUGGAGCAUUCCAAGGUUGUCCUUCCAUCACCUUCUGGUGGCCUUAGCACAGCUGGAGCUUCCAGGAAUCCCCACCAGAGGCUGCAAUUCCAUGGAGAACCCGUGGGGAAUUCCUGAUAUUCCUUAAAUUCCAUUGUGCGUUGGAAGAGGACCCUUGGCCAUGGAGCCGACCCCCAAAACAUCUUGGAAUUCUUUCCGGUUUGGGAUUUCUUCGUUCAUUUCCAUCUUCAAACUCCCAGAGAUCUUUGGGACCAAGAUCAGCUUCGAUCCCAGAUUUUCACCCGGAGAUCCGUUGGCUCUUCCCGUGGGAUCCCCUCUCCGUGGCUCCCCCACCCCAACAACACAAGCACAACCUUCCCUGGGAUCCGGCAUUCCCUGGGAUCCGGCGUUCCCUGGGAUCCGGCAUUCCCUGGGAUCCGGGCGUUCCCUGGGAUCCGGCGUUCCCUGGGAUCCGGGCGUUCCCUGGGAUCCGGCAUUCCCUGGGAUCCGGGCGUUCCCUGGGAUCCGGCAUUCCCUGGGAUCCGGCGUUCCCUGGGAUCCGGGCGUUCCCUGGGAUCCGGGCGUUCCCUGGAAGCCGCUCAUUCCCGUUCUCCUCCUCCCCGGGCGUGGCUUGGCUGGGAUUUUGUUGGAUUUUCCGGGAUUUUCCCGAGGAUCCCGAUGGAAAAUAUGCAAUAAUUUGUUUACAGGAUGCUCCGGGCAGGGCGCUCCUUUAAGCACAAUGUGCACAGGAUAGUUUUGUAUUCCGCCCCUCCGGAAUUUUUGGCGGGAAGAGGUUCUCCUACGUUUCUAUGGGACAUUGGGAAUGCUUGGAAAGCUUUCUAAGACUGGGAAAUAAAUUUUUUUAUCUUAAGA